AUGGCCGGCGCAAGCUCUCGCUCCUUCAAGCUCUCCCCCGCGGCGGUCGCGCUCGCGUGCGUGGUCGCCCUCCACGCCGGUUCUGGCGCCGUCGCGCAGACCGACUUGAGCGGCGCGUGUCUCUCUGGCAGCGGAUCGAACGCGACAGUGUGCUCGCCCGGCUUCACGUGCCUCGCCCUCAACGACACCGCCGCUUGUGUGCCCAACGCCCCAGUCUCGACGGACUUCGCGGCGCUCACCGUCUCCAACUUCGCAACGGCGGCGGCGGCGGCUUCCCCUGCGGUCGCCAACGUCUCUCCGCUCUGGACGUCCGCACUCAGCAAGGCGAAGGCGGCCAUCGCGAACCUCUCCAACGCCGACAAGUCCAAUCUCGGCACAGGUCUCGGCCUUAUCGGCGGCGCAUGCAUCGGCUCGACGCCCUCGAUCAGCGGGAUCCCCAACUUCAAGGGCUUGUGUCUCCAGGACAGCCCGGUCGGUGUCCGCUACGUCGACGGCAACUCCGUGUUCCCUUCUGAACUCAAUGCCGCCGCCACCUUCAACCGGACUCUCAUUCGCCAGCGCGGCGAGGCCAUGGGCGCCGAGUUCCGUGGCAAGGGCGUCCACGUCGCCCUGGCUCCCAUGAUGAACAUGAUGCGCGCUCCAGCGGGCGGUCGCGUGUGGGAGGGUGCUGGUGCCGAUCCUUACUUGACCGGCGAAGUUGCGUACGAGAUGAUUAUGGGCAUUCAGUCGCAGGGUGUCCAGGCGUGCGCGAAGCACUGGCUCAACAACGAGCAGGAGCACUUCCGCAUGUCGAGUUCGUCUAUCGUCGACGAUCGCACUCAACACGAGAUCUACAUGCAUCCUUUCGUUCGCAGCAUGCAGGCAAAUGUUGCCUCAGUGAUGUGCAGUUACAACCAAAUCAACGGGACCUAUGCUUGCGAGAACGACUACGCCAUCAACACCCUCCUCAAGGGCGAGCUCGGCUUCCAAGGAUAUGUCAUGUCGGACUGGUAUGCCACCCACUCAACCGCCCCCUCCGCCAAUGGUGGUCUCGACAUGACGAUGCCGGGUGACAAAUACUUCGCCGCAUUCUCCUCGUACUUUGGGAGCGAUCUCGUCAACGCUGUCUCCGAGAGUGAUGUCCCCAGUCCCGUCUCGAUGUCAGACAUGGCGACGCGCAUCCUCGCCGCCUGGUACCUCCUCGGCCAGGACUCGGGGUACCCCGACACCAACUUCAACUCCUGGCUCAGCUUCCUCGGCUCGCACGUCGACGUCCAGGCCGACCACAAGGACCUGAUCCGCACGAUCGGCUCCGCAUCCGCGGUGCUGCUCAAGAACUCGGGCAACGUCCUCCCGCUGAACGCGCCCAAGACGAUGGCCGUCGUCGGCAGCGGCGCGCGCCCCGCAAUCCUCGGCCCGAACGAGUGCCUCGACCGGAGCUGCAACGACGGGGUGCUCGCCGUCGGCUGGGGCAGCGGCACCGCCAACUUCCCGUACUUGGUCGCGCCCCAAGACCCGAUCGCGGACCGCGCGAAGGCGCAGAACACGUCCGUCGACUGGUGGACGUUUGACAACGACGCCGGGGCGAUCGCGAAUGUGGCGAAGGGCAAGAACGUCGCGCUCGUGUUCAUCACCGCGGACAGCGGUGAGGACCAAUACACCGUCGAAGGCAACGAAGGUGACCGCAACGACCUCAAGGCGUGGCACAGCGGUGACGCGGUGGUUGAAGCCGUUGCUGCGGUUUGCAACAACACCAUCGUCAUCGUGAACAGCGUAGGGCCCAUUAUCAUGGAACCCUGGGUUGAGAACCCGAACGUGACCGGUAUAAUCUGGGAGGGCAUCCCAGGACAAGAGGUCGGUAACGCGAUCACCGACAUCCUCUAUGGUGACGUCAACCCAAGUGGGCGCAUCCCCUUCACGAUCGCGAAGGCCGAGACCGACUACUCCGCUCGCGUGAUCUACACCGGCUCUGGCACUGUCCAAAUCCCCUACACCGAGGGCCUCCUCGUUGACUACCGUCAUUUCGACACCAACAACAUCGAGCCCCGCUUUGAGUUCGGCUUUGGCCUCUCCUACACCACCUUCUCCUACUCCGGUCUCAAGGUGAGCGGCUCCACCGCCGGCGGCGCCCGCCAAGCUCUCGGCCCCGGCUCGUCUCUCGACCCAUGGCUCCACGACCCCGUCGUCUCCGUCACCUUCACGCUCACCAACACCGGCGCGAAGGCGGGGACCGAGGUCCCGCAGCUGUACACCUCCCCGCCCGCGUCCGCGCGCUCGCCGCCGAUGAACCUCAAGGGCUUCGACGCCGUCUUCCUCGCGCCGGGCGAGAGCAAGACGGUCACGUUCGAGCUCUCGCGCUACGACUUCUCCGUCUGGGAUGUCGUCUCCCAGAGCUGGCAGGUCGCGCCGGGCUCGACCGGGCUCUCCGUCGGCGCGAGCAGCCGCGACAUUAAGCUCAAGGGGAGCAUCGUCAACUGA